AUGUCUUCAAUUAUCACUUCAUUACGUUCAUCAACUUUAAGAAUCAGACCUUCAAUGGUCUCCAGAGUAUCAUCUCAACCUUUCCAAUCACAAUUAAGAUUUAAUUCAAAUAUUAAACUUUCAACAGAUUUAAAAGAUUUUAAAGAAUUAAUUAAAAAUGAAAAUUUAUCAAUUACAGAUUUUUAUGCAACUUGGUGUGGACCAUGUAAAGCAAUUUCACCAUAUUUAGAAAAAUUAUCCACUGAAUUUACUGAAGUACAAUUUUUAAAAGUUGAUGUUGAUGAAUCACAAGAUAUUGCUCAAGAAUAUGGUAUAACUGCAAUGCCAACUUUUGUUUUAUUUAAAAAUGGUGAACCAAUUGGUAAAAUUGUUGGUGCUAAUCCUCCAGUUAUUAGACAAGCAAUUGAACAAUAUCAAUAA